CUUUUAAGUCCCGUAAGGACCACCCAAAAAUAAUGACCUCUUUCUCAAAAAAAAUGAAAUGGAUAAUGUAGUUCUAAUUAGAGGUUCAAAAGUUCUUCCAUUGCAUCCCUCUCAUAGUUACUAAUCUUUAGCUCUCAACACUCAUCUUCCUAACCUAAACUUGUGCAAAAUUCAUAGAAAAUGAUCCAUGUAAAAUCUAUUCAUUCCUCUUUAACACCUACACAACAAGCUUCUUUUAAUAGAACAAGUUUGUUUAGGAGGAAAAAGACCUUCAUUUCCUUAUGCAAGUACUCAAGAAAUUCAGAUUCAGAUGGUAAAGGAGAUACGCGUAAACAAGAAUUGCUUGCCACAAUUGUUCAGCUUCAAACACAGAAAGUUCGUCUAACCGAAUACUUAGAUGAAAGAUCUGCAUAUCUAACACAGUUUGCUGAAGAAGCCAAUUGUGAAAUGGAACAGAUUGGUGAAAAUGCCCUUAAAGAACUAGAUGAAGCUGGUGCAAGGAUAAUGGUGAAUAUAGAGAACCAAAUGCAAGCUUUUGAAGAAUCAGUGGGGUUGAACAAACAAGAGAUAGAAGAGAAUGAAAAAAAGUUAACAGAUUUUGAAGGCCAAAUGGAGGAGGAAAGAAAUGAAAAAAAGUUAACAGAUUUUGAAGGCCAAAUGGAGGAGGAAAGAAAUGAAUGGCUUUUCUUUAAGAACUUAAGGCAAAGACGAAUCGUGGCCGUGGACAAAGCAAAAGCUAAGGAGGAGAUGGAGAAGAUUAAGCAACUUAGUAGAGAAAAUGCUGGAUCGACGACUAGAAGGACUGUUUACCUUGCAUUUAUAGGCCUUGUUGUAGUUGGAAUUGCAGAUGUUUUCAUCUCUUCGUCGUCUGACUGGAGAAAAGGUGCAGUUCUUGGGAUUAUUUUGGUGUGUUUGCUUUCUCAAGUCAUCUAUGAGCAGAGUGUUUUAUCAGAAACAGACCUGGAGGGAAAACAGAAAUCAAAAGAAAACAAAAAGUAAAAUCCUAUCUCUUUUACAGAAAACAACUAGUAUUGUCGCAUGAGUUAUAACCUCAACUAUAAUUGUAUUACUCAAGGCUCAUAUAUCAUGCCAAAAUUUAUCAUGCAUCAUGCAAAUUUGGUGACACCACCGUAGCCGCCAACGUUGGAUAUGUAUCGGUUGCUUUAUGUCGAUCAAAGGAACGAUACUUUCUGAAUUCUAGAGAAUAUAGAAGUUGUAGGACCUCAGAUUUCUCAAAAUCUAAGAGGAAAUAGUUUCAAUUGAUGCAAAGAUUCUUAUUCGAAAUACUCGGGGUGUAUCAAUAAUCAGAACAGAAUACAUCUGUCCAUAAGAAAACAAAACUAAUUAGCUCCCUGGCA